CGAAGCUCAUCGCAUACGGCUUUAGCGGCCUUAAAAAUUUACCCCGGGAUGCCAGUGAAGUAUAAUCUGUUUAAAUGGAAACGUAACGACCAAUCGGUGGACGAACUCUUUGUGCAAACUGUGGCCAAAUAUCCGCACAAAAUAGCCAUUUAUUACAAGAAUGAAAAGUGGAGUUUCGCUCAUUUGAAUGACUUUUCCAAUCAAACGGCUAAUUGUUUCAGUGGUUUAGGCUUUAAAAGCAAAGACGAGGUCUGUUUAAUGAUGAACAAUAGGCCCGAGUAUAUGGGUCUAUGGCUUGGUUUGACCAAAAUCGGUGUCAUUCCAGCGCUCAUUAACACUAGAAUUGCCGAAAUAAUGCCAGAAUUAACGCUAUUUAAUCCAAAUAUAAGAUACUAUUGUUAUGGAGAUAUAAUGGAGGACACAGUCGCCCACAAUAUCAUCAAUUGUGAACCAAUUCACCAAAUGAUAGCAUCGGUUGAAUCAUCCAAAGGGUGUUUAACAACAAAUAAAUGUCAUUUCGAUUCAAUACUCUUUUAUUUAUACACAUCGGGAACGACGGGCUUCUCAAAGGCCGCAAUCUUCCGACACUACCGGUACCUAACACUGGGACUAGUGAUCGGCACCUCAUUACAGCUCAAGACUAGUGACAUCAUAUACCUCUCCCUUCCUCUAUAUCACGCCAACUCUUGUGUCAGCACUUGUUUGGGUCUAAUCCACGGCAUGAGUGUUGUCCUCAAAGACAAAUUCUCGGCCACAGACUACUGGAGUGAUUGCAUUAAAUACAAAUGCACGGUAUCCAACUAUAUCGGAGAGUUGUGUCGAUACCUAUUGGCCCAACCGAUCAGGGAUUGCAAUAAAAGCCAUACAAUUAGAGUGAUGUUUGGCAAUGGUUUGCGGCCUAAGAUAUGGCACGACUUUCAGCAACGGUUUAACAUUAAACUCAUCGCAGAGUUUUACGCCUCGACUGAAGGAAAUUCAAAUCUCAGUAAA